AUGGAACAACCCGAAUCCAAUCCAACAUUUUGUACAAAUAAUUGUGGAUUUUAUGGUUCAUCACAAUUUGAAGGAAUGUGUUCAAAAUGUUAUCGUGAAAAUGUUAAUCGUUCAUAUAAUGCUGGACGAACGAAUUCAUUUAACAGUUAUUAUUCAUCUUCUAACACUCUUGUGACAUCUCAAAAUCUUCUACAAGAUCAAGUCAUUGAAGAUAAUGCCAAUAGUUCAACAGAAAAUGAUAACAGUGAUGAUCAACUAAAACAAGAAACUGUUGCUAGUCCUCUUCAUCAUGCUGCAUCUACUCCAAUAAUGUCAAUUGAAACUGACGCAAUAACAAAGAAUGAUUCAAAGACGGAAGAGACUAAGUCACUAAGUUUUGAUUGUCGUUGUGGUGGUCAAUUUUGUUCAUUACAUCGUUAUGCAAAUGAACAUAAUUGUACAUUUGAUUAUAGAGAACAUGGUCAAAAUGAAAUACGUAAAAAUAUGCCUGUUGUACAAGCUGAACGUGUUCAAAGAAUUUAG